AUGGAAUCUGUUCGGGCUUCAGAUCCGGAGGAUGACAACCACACGGCAUCUCCCUCAGCAAGUCCCGAAGACCUCGGUCAAAUCUGGGCCUGGAACGCCUCCGUGCCGGACCAGAUCCAAGGCUGCAUCCACGAUCAGAUCACCGCUCACGCCGAACGGCAGCCGGAUGUCCUGGCCGUAUGCGCCUGGGACGGAAAUUUCACCUACUCGGAACUCGACGCCAUAGCGACCAAGGUUGCCCGGAAGCUCAUCAUCCAUCAACAUGGAAUCGUCCAGAGGUCUAGCAUUCCCCUCUUGUUCUCCAAGUCCAAAUGGACGACCGUGGCCAUGCUGGCUGUGUUGAAGGCGGGGUGCAGUGCCAUAGCUCUGGAUGCUACUCAGCCUGAUACGAGGCUGAGGUCGAUCGUGGAGCAGGCGCGGCCUGCGAUCAUUAUCUCGUCUGAGACGCAUCGGGAGAGGGCAGCUUCUUUGGCGGGUGUGCCUGUGCUUCAGCUUGAUGAGGCGGUCUUGGAAGAUGGCGCUGAAGAGAACUUGGCUGAGUUGCCUGUGGUAUCGCCAGCAGAUAUUGCGUAUAUCUCGUUUACUUCGGGUACAACGGGCCAACCCAAAGGUGCCUGCAUCAGCCAUGCCAACGUCAGAAGCGCUUCCCACUACCAAGGCGCCAAGCUGGGCUUCAACUCGAACACCCGCGUCCUGGACUUUGCUCCUUACUCGUUUGAUGUCGCAUGGGGUAACUUUCUCCAUACCCUAUGUGCUGGCGGAACGCUGUGUAUCCCAUCUGAAGAGGACAUGUUGACAGAUCUGUCCUCGGCGGUGACGGUCUUCAACGCGACCUUGAUCAACGUCACUCCCACGGUCUUGCGCACCAUCCAUCCUAUUCCAGAAUGUCUGGAGACGGUUCUCUUGAGCGGCGAGAUGCCGUAUCGCGAGAACAUGACGAAAUGGGCUGGCAAGGUGAGACUUGUCAACACGUAUGGUCCGACGGAGUGCACCUUCAAGUGUGCCUUUGCCGAUAUAAGCCCCUCAUUGGAGGGUCGUCCGGAUAUCGGAAGAGGUGUCGGCUUCGCUACGUGGCUUGUUAAUCCGGUCGAUAAUGAUCGACUUGUCCCCAUAGGAUCAGAGGGAGAGUUAUGGCUCGAGAGCCCUCAGGUUGGCCAGAGGUAUUUGAAUGACGUGGAGAAGACAGCCGAAGCAUUUGUUGAGGAUCCUCCUUGGCUAGUCGCUGGUGGCAGGCAAGGUAGGCUCUACAAGACGGGUGACCUUGUCAAGUACCUGCCUGAUGGGCGAUUGAUGUUUGUGGGUCGUAAAGACUCGUCCCAGCUGAAGAUCAGGGGACAAAGAGUGGAGAUUGGGGACGUUGAACACCAUGUACGCGCCUGUCUGGAUGAUGAACUUAUCAUCAUUGUCGACGUUGUCGUGCCUAAGGACACUGAAACAAACUCUCUUGCUCUCUUUGUGGUGACAAAGAACCAAGAUGGCGAGAGGGUUAAGAAUCUGAUGGAAAGCUUGGGAGAUAAGUUGCGGGAGGUUCUGCCAGGAUUCAUGAUCCCCGGCGUCUAUCUGCCGAUUGACGAGAUUCCUGUCGCCAGUACAGGAAAAGUGGACCGACGAAGCCUAAGAGAUAUGGGAAGCGCAAUGAGCUGGGAGGAGAUUGUCCAGCUACAAUCAACCAUCAUGACGGCGACAGAGUACCAUGAACCCACAACCGGCACAGAGACACGGCUCCGCCAGAUCUGGGCUGAUGUCUUGGGCUUGGACCCGACUCGCAUCAGCACAGCAGACAACUUUCUCCGGCUGGGAGGUGACUCGAUUGGUGCCAUGCGAGUGGUUGCGGCGGCACGGGAACAUGGCAUCUCGUUGUCUGUUGCUGAUGUCUUCACCAGCCCGGUGUUAAGCGAUCUUGCCCUGGUGGCUGACUCCAAAGCUCACGGACACGAAGACGAGGAUCUCGACACUCGGCCGUUCUCGCUGCUGACGGUGAAAAGAGACGUCGAUAGUGUCCGGAAAGUAGCCUCUGAGCUCUGCAGUAUCAACCCAGACGAGGUCGAAGAUGUCUUUCCGGUAACCUCACUACAGGAAGGCAUGUUGGCAGACGGAGCAGAGUAUGUCUCGAGGACUGUCUUUGCACUGGGAGAUAUUGACCUGGAGCGGCUCGAGGCGGCCUGGGAAAGCACCACUAAGCAAGCAACCAUCAUCCGGACGCGUAUCAUCGAUCUUCCCGGCGAGGGACUUGUCCAGGUGGUCGUCAAGUCCAACGAGUCGCUCUCCAGGUGCUCGUCCAUGGCCGACUUCUUUGCUGAGUUCUCUUCAAUGGGCUUGGGCACUCUCUUGUGUCGCGCAGGCCUGAUCGUGGCAAGAGAAGGCGAGCCGUGCUACUUUGCCUUGGAGAUGCACCAUGCAAUUUUCGACGGGUUUUCCAACUCGUUGAUCAUGGACGCGGUUGAGAAGGCGUAUCGUGAAGGAGGGAAGUUGGAGGAACAGUCGUUUGUUCCUUAUCAGCGGUUUAUCAAGCACGCCGUUUCUGCAGCUGGUGACAGCCGGUCAGACACUGUGGCAUUCUGGCGUGACCAGCUGGCAGACUCGGAGGCUGCUGUAUUUCCAGCGGUCACUAACACUGCGAACAGCGCUGAAAAGAGAGCUUUAGUGGACUUGCAUCACUCGAUAGCGGGCUUACAGUGGCCGGCCAAGGCGGGAAUCACACCCUCUUCAGCAGUCCGUUCAGCGCUCUCGUUACUGCUAGCCGCCCACACCAACUCCAACGACGUUAAGUACGGCGAGACAGUCAGCGGAAGGAAUGCUCCCGUCAUGGGCAUCGACCGCAUCGCCGGUCCAACCAUUGCCACCAUUCCCGUCCGCGUCAAGUUCGACUGGGAUCAGACCGUUCAGCAAUUACAGCAACAGAUCCAGAAGCAGGCCAUUGAGGUCACCGCCCAUGAACAAUAUGGCCUCCAGAAUAUCCGGCGCAUCAGUCAAGACGUCGCCGAGGCCAGUCAGUUCCAGCUGCUGCUCGUCAUCCAGCCACCGCAAAAGAACACUCAGGGACUCUUCUCCCAGGCCAAGAGCGUUGUUGGCGAACACUUGACAUGGGUGGCCAAGGAUGGCGACGCCGACAGUCUGGCCAUGUACAACUCGUACGCCGUCAUGGUCAUCGUCCAGUUGGAAGACAACGGUCUGACCCUCAACAUCAAUUUUGACUCGGCCAUCAUCGAGGAGACGGCUGUCCAACGUAUGGCGCUCCAGCUUGAGCACCUGCUCCGUCAACUCUGUUCGGCCGACCUGGCCCAGUCCAAGCUACGCGAUAUCACAGCCCUCAGUCCCCAGGAUGUCGCCCAGAUAUGGGACUGGAACAGAGCCCUCCCUGAACCCGUUGAGGGCCUUGUGACGGAGACCAUUGAUGCCCUGUUAUCAGACGCCACAGCCAUUGCCGCGUGGGACAAGGAGUUUACCUACCGUCAGGUUAAAGACUUGUCGACCUUCCUUGCUCACCGUUUACGUCAAGACCACGGCAUAAGCAAGGGAUCCAUCAUCGUGUUGAGCUUUCAGAAAUCGGGCUGGCAGCUUGUCACCAUGCUCGCUGCUCUCAAGCUCGGUGCCGUUGUUAUGCCACUCUCCGCACCUACUUUACCUCAGCGUGCCCGCGAAGUGGUCGAGGCUGUAAAGCCCAAGCUCGUCAUCACUUCAAGUGCUGCUUCGGACCUGGCUCCAUUUGAAGGGAUCGUGCCGGUGUACCCUGUUUCCAGCCUGAUCCAAGAUGAUGUUGAAUCUACUGACUGGGUUCAUGUUCUCGAUCCCAUUGAGAUACUACCUUCGGACCCAGCCCUCAUCCUCUUCACAUCCGGCUCGACAGGAACUCCAAAGUCCAUCCUCUGGACCCAUGCCGCUCUAUCGACCAACAUCCGGACACACAGCCUCUCGUUCAGUGUCACUCCGACCAGCAGGAUAUUCCAAUUUGCUGGAUACGAGUUUGACGUGAGCACGGUCGAAGCCCUCUCCGCCUUAGCUUCAGGCGCGUGCUGCAUAGUCCCGUCUGAAUCGGACAGGACCAACCGUCUGGCCGGAGCCAUCAAUGACACUCACGCCAACUGGAUCUGUCUGACACCCUCGGUUUCCGAAACUCUCGUCCGUGCAACAGUCCCCUCGUUGAAGACCAUCGUCUUUGCAGGCGAAAAGCUGCCGCAAAAGACCGCUUCUAAGUGGGCUGAGUCCCUCGAUUCGGUGUACAACUGGUACGGUCCAGCUGAGGCUUCCGUUGCUACUUCGUGCCGCGUGGACAAAAAGGCGUGGAAGCCAGCUUUGAUCGGCAAAAGCACGUCCGGCUUGACCUGGCUAGUUGACCCUAGAGAUCCCAACCGUCUGGCCCCUAUUGGUGCGGUUGCCGAGUUGUGUAUGGAAGGCCCGAUCCUAGGUGCCUAUACCGGCGACAGCGGCGCUGCUCUGAACGAAAAGUCUUUCUUCUCGCCGGCUUGGCUUCAGCACGGUCAUGGUGAGGUACCUGGCCGGCCUGGACGCCUCUACAGAACGGGCGAUCUGGUCAAGUACAAUGGCAAUGGGGACAUCGCAUUCAUCGGCCGAUUGCAGGAAUCCCAAAGGAAACUACGCGGACAGAGAGUUGACCUGAGCGAGAUCGAGUCACGAGUGCAGUCUUUCUUGUCCGGAAAGCUCCAAGUCUCGGUGGUGGCCGAGAUUAUCACCCCGACCAACAGCAAUGUCGAGAUUUUGGCUCUAUUCAUUAGCCCUUCGAGCUCAGAAGAGGAUGCUUUGGCCCUGGUCAAGCUCAGAUUCCCUGUGGACGACCUAGAGACAGAUCUAUCCAGAGUCCUGCCCUCCUACAUGAUCCCCAAAGUCUAUAUCCCCAUCCAGACUCUUCCUAUUUCUCACACUGGAAAGAUGGACAGACGACGCCUUCGACAGAUUGGGGGCUCAUUGACGUAUGAAGAGCUGGCAUCCAUGCAGCCCUCUCGUCAGGAGGCGAGAAAGCCUUCCACGAUCAUGGAAAAGCAACUUCAAGAGCUUUGGGCCGAAGUUAUCGGCAUUGAAUCAAGUGUGAUCAAUGCUACAGACAACUUCUUGCGUCUAGGCGGUGACUCCAUUGCUGCUAUGCGCUUAGUAGCAGCCGUCCGCAAACGAGGGCUCCUCUUGACAGUUGCCGAUGUCUUUGAAGCUCCAUGCCUUCAAGAUAUGGCGAUCCGGGUCAAGCAAGACUGUGAUUCUCCGGAACAGCAGCUUGAAGUGCCUCCCUUUUCACUGCUUGACUCUGGCGUCAAUGAGACCGAGGCUCGGUCUCUCGCCGCCAAGUUGUGUGCCAUUGAUGAGGCUCGGAUUGUUGAUAUCUACCCUGUUACCCCUCUUCAGGAAGGACUGCUUGCGUUGGGCGCCAGAAAACCUGGUCUUUACGUAUCUCGCAGUGCCUUCGAGCUUCAGCCUGGCAUUGACACAAAACAACUGGAGAAAGCUUGGAUGUCCACGGUUGACAAGUUGACUGCUCUCAGAACUCGAAUCGUGGACCUUCCUGGUCAAGGGUUCGUGCAGGUUGUUCUCGAUAACUGUCCCCUACUUUAUGGGACAGAUGUGGAUGCCUAUGUUCAUGAAGAUGAGCAGAAUCACAUGGGCCCCGGCACCGAGCUUUGCCGAGCCGCCAUUAUUGAUCGUCACUUCAUCCUGUCAGCCCACCAUUCCAUAUACGAUGGCCAAGUGCUCAAGAUGAUCAUGAACGAAUUAGAGUCUCAAUACUUUGGAGCUCCCGGGAUGACAGUCACACCGUUCAAGAACUUCAUCAAGCAUUUAAGCGACAAGGUCCCACAAGAAGCCGUCGACUUUUGGAAGGCUCAGCUCUCAAAGGGCGAGCCCAGACAGUUCCCGGUCCUCCCCUCGGCCACUUACCAGACACAGGCCAAGGAUGACUUGCAACAUUCCAUCUCACUCAACUGGCCACGGACCGGCAUGACGCCUUCAACCAUGAUCCGCGCCGCUUGGGCCAUUUUAGCUACUCAGUACACGUCCUCCAACGAUGUCAUAUUUGCCUUGACAGUCAGUGGAAGGCAAGCCAAUAUGAGAGGCGUGGAAAACUGCGUCGGUCCUACUAUAUCUGCAGUGCCCAUCGCAGUGUCCGUUGACUGGAGCGAGACCGUCGAAGCGUUCCUCAAGCGCAUGCAACAGCAAAUGAUAGAGAUCACAUCGCACGAGCAAUACGGCCUUCAGAACAUCCAACGUCUUCAUAAGGAACUGGCUGAGUCUCGACUUCUUCAGACACUGCUCGUCGUGCAACCAGUUGCCGAAGGAAAGAACUUCAAUGAAGACAACCUCCUGUUCAAAGCUCGUGACUUUUCGUCCAACAUGGACACUCUGGGCCAUGAUCCCUUCAACAGCUGGGCGUUGAUGGUGGUUUGUGAGCUUUCAACGUCGGGGCUGCAGCUUCGUAUGAGCUUUGAUGGCAAUAUUAUCGACAAGUUGCAGAUAGAGCGUAUGGCCAAACAGUUUGAGACGGUUCUUCGGCAGAUGUGCUCAGAGAGCAAUACAGCGGCUACACUUGACGCCGUUCAGAUUGCCAGCUCGGAUGACUUGGACCUCUUUUGGUCACAGAAUGUAGAAGUCCCCGAAGACCCUGAGGCAUGUGUUCAUGACCUGGUUUCUCUGGUGGCACGUACACGGCCGGAUGCUGUUGCUAUUGAUGCAUGGGAUGGGCAGCUCACAUACAAGGAAGUUGACGAGCUUUCCACUAAGCUCACCCGGAGCUUGAUACACUUGGGUGUCAAGAAGGGCAACGUUGUCGCACUGAACUUCGAAAAGACCAAGUGGGCACCAGUACUCCAACUCGCCAUCUUCAAAGCCGGAGGCAUCGAAGUCCAGCUCUCAACCGUCGUCCCCGACCUCCGCAUCAGCAGAGUAUUCAAAAUGGCCGGAGUCGUUCUCGCCGCCGUCUCCGAAUCCCGUCUAAAAAUGGUCUCCCAAUACGCCCCCAGCUACACCAUCUCCCAGCUCAUGUCCCUCUCCCAACCCAACACCACUCCCCUCCCCACCAUCACCAUCCACGACCCCGCCGCGAUCCUCGUCUCCUCCGGCAGCACCGGCGAGCCCAAACAAGUCCUCUGGAGCCACCGCACCCUAACCGCCAACCUCCUCGCCCACGGCUCCUACCUCUCCAUCACCCCCUCCUCGCGCAUUUUUCAGUUCGCCUCCUACGACUUCGACGUCAGCACCAUCGAGUCGCUCUCGGCCCUCAUCCACGCUGCCUGCAUCUGCAUCCCCUCCGAAUCCGAGCGGUUGGAUGGUACCACGGCCGCUAUCAACCGGUUUCGAUGCACUUUUGUGAAUAUCACGCCCUCUACCGCCAAGGCCAUUGUCCCCAACUCCGUGCCUACUAUCGAAACCCUCGUUUUGGCAGGAGAAAAUUUAUCAGAGGAUGACGUCAACCGCUGGGCGGGUAUCUGUCCAGUGCUGAACUGGUACGGACCAGCCGAGCACCCGGCCACUAUCUGCGCCGCGGACGUCGCCUCCUGGCGCACGGGCGUGGUUAGUCGGAUUGAUCUUAGGCAGCCGGCGCUUUGCUGGCUUGUUGAUUCUGGGAAUCCGCACCGGCUGGUUCCGUAUGGGGCGGUUGGGGAGAUUGUUAUUGAGGGACCGUUGUGUGCGGAGGGGUAUGUGGGAAAUGAGAAGAUGACGGGGGAGAGGUUUAGGAGGGGGGCGGAGUUCCUUACCGGAAGAAGAAAGAGUACGACAAGAUUGUACUACUCGGGCGAUCUGGGGCGGUAUGAUAGUAUGGGCAAUCUGGUAUAUAUGGGUAGGAAGGAUGUGCAGUUGAAGAUACGCGGGCAGCUGGUGGCGCCGGAGGAGGUGCAGUUUCAUGUGCGGAGGAAUUUGAACAUGGGUAUGGCAACGGUGGGGGAGAAGGGAGAGGUGACGGUGGUGGUGGAUGGGAUACAGCUGCAGGCUAGUACGGGGCUAAAUCUUGUUGCGUUUGUUGGGCCGGCUACGGAGGAGGAGGUUGAGAGGGCAACGGUGGGGUUGAGGGAGAAGUUGAUGAGGGUGUUGCCGAGUUAUGCGAUUCCGGGGUAUUAUAUUGCUGUGGAGGAGUUUCCUAUGAAUGCUUCUGGCAAAAUCGACCGCAAAUGUCUCCACGAGAUCGGCGCCUCGUUCAAUCCAUCCCGCCAGACAACCACCAGUGGCCGUAGAGAGCCUACCACUCUCGAAGAGAAGACCCUACAGGAUUUAUGGUCCCGUGCCCUCGGAGUGAACGCCCAGCCCAUCUCCGUAGGCGACAGCUUUCUACAACUCGGCGACUCCAUCCAAGCCAUGCGUCUGGUAGGAAUAGCUCGUCAGGAAGGCUGGCUGCUUUCUGUGGCGGAGGUAUUCGAGCAUCCAACCCUGGAAGAAAUGGCCAAGGUCAUCAUUCGAAAAAAAGAAGACGAGGGUGAAGAAGACGCCGCAGUCCUCCCCUUCUCACUGCUGGAUCCGAAUCAGGACAUCAAGCUCGCUUGUCAGCGGGCUGCGUCCCUUUGCGGAGUGGAGGGAGAUGAUGUUGAAGAUAUCUUUCCGUGCACAGCUUUGCAGGAGGGAUUGCUGGCUUUGACUAUGAAGAGCGAGGGGAGUUAUACAGGUCGGAAUGUGCUGAAGCUGGCGUCGGCGGUUGAUGUUGCCAAGUUUAGGGAGGCGUGGGACAGCGUUGUUUCGGCGAUCCCCAUCUUGCGCACACGCAUCGUUGACCUCGAUGGGCAAGGUCUCGUGCAGGUGGUUGUUCACGACCAUUCCCAGUCGUGGAUUGAAGCGACAAAUAUCGAAGAAUACCUGAGGAAGGAGAACCAGCCCCCGAUGGGUCUGGGUACGCCUCUCAUGCGAUGCGCAAUUAUUGAGCCUCAGAUCGACGGUCAGGAGCCCGCCUCCUUUGUCCUGACCCUGCACCACUCCCUGUACGACGGGUUAACAUUGCCCAUCAUCAUGGAAACGCUUGAGGGUUUCUAUAAUGAUCUUGCACCACCCCGUCUCGCUCCCUUCCAGUCAUUCGUUAACUACAUUGGCACGCGGGACAAAAUCGCAGAAACCGAGUUCUGGAGAACGCAGUUCGCCGACCUCAAAGCUGCGCCAUUCCCUGCUCUGCCAUCGUCUACAUACCAACCUCAAUCAAAUUCGACACUAGUCCACACGGUCGAAGACAUCACCUGGCGGACGGACAACAUUACUUCAUCCACUGUGGUUCGCGCCGCAUCCGCUUUGCUUUGCUCUCUCCAUUCCAGCCCAACAUCUCCCGACAUCGUUUUUGGCGCUGUGUCUUCCGGUCGCAAGGCCCCUGUGCAUGGCAUCGAGACGCUUCCUGGCCCUACCAUUGCCACUGUUCCUGUUCAUGUCAAGACCAGCAACGACAGGAAAAUAACAGAGCUUCUCACAUCCAUCCAGACCCAGGAGACGCAGAUGAUUAGGUACGAACAGACGGGUUUAUCAGCAAUCCGCCAAAUCAGCGAGGAAGCGCGACUGGCUUGUCAGUUUCAAACACUAGUCGUCGUUCAGGCACCGCAAGAGGAAAGCACGAAGUCAGGGUUGUUCGUUUCUGAAGAUGCCGAGCGCACGGAAGCAGAGGAGGAGGCACAUUAUCGUGGGUUCCAAUCUUACGCACUUUCGCUGAUUUGCACGCCGGAGGAUGGGCGGCUCAGGGUCAGGUUCUGCUUUGACUCGGAGGUGCUUGGGAGGGAAAAGGUCCAGAGAAUGGCGCGAGACUUCGGGAAGUUGUUGAAGACCCUGUGCUCUUCAAUCAACGGCCAGAUCAGCCUCGGCGCCAUCAGCUUGGCCACACAAGAGGAUCUCAACCUUAUCUGGCAGUGGAACUCCUCACUUUGCCCAACUGUCGAGAGGCCGAUACACGAGCUCAUACUCGAAACAGCCUCACGCCAGCCAGACGCCAUAGCAAUCAGUGCCUGGGACGGUGAGAUCACAUACGGCGAGCUUGCUCGCAUUACCGGCAACAUCGCUCUCCAUCUAGUCAACAUGGGUAUCAGCCAAAACAUGAUCAUCCCCAUCUGCUUCGAAAAAUCCCUCCACGCCACCAUCACCUUCCUCUCCGUCCUCCGAGCCGGCGGCGCCGGCUUACUUCUCGACACCACCCUCCCAGCGUCCUACCUCCAAUCAGUCAUCCAACAAGUCUCUCCCCCCUUCAUCAUCUCUUCACCAGCAGAGCAAACACUCGCUGCCAAGUUAUCCAACAACACCUUACUCCUCGGCCCUAACUCACCCCUUUUACAACCCCCCUCCCCUUCCUCCCCUUCCUUACCCCCUACCACCCCCCAAGUCCCCCCCAACUCCCUAGCCUACACAGUCUUCACCUCCGGCACCACCAGCGCCCCCAAAGGCGUUCUUAUCCCCCACUCCUCCAUCAGCACAGCAGUCACCCACCAACGUUCCGCCAUCUGCGUGUCCCCCCGCGAGCGCGUGUAUGACUUCUCAGCACACACCUUCGACGGGCACCACUGGGCUGUUUUUCACACUUUGGCUUGUGGCGCCACAUUGUGCAUACCCAGCGAGAGGGAACGGAGGGAGGAUUUGACGGGGAGUAUAAGGAGGUGCGGAGCGACGAUGGCGUUUUUGACGCCGAGUGUUGCGAAGGCGGUGGAUGUCGAGGGGGUAGGGGGGAGGUUGGGGAUGGUGUAUUUGGGUGGGGAGAGGGUGGGGAGGGAUGAUUGGGGGAGGUGGAUGGUUAAUGAAAAGAGGAAGGUGUUUAAUGUGUAUGGACCUACUGAGACUACGCAGAUGGUUAUGUAUGGGUUGAUAUCUCCUCAGUCAUCAGGCCCGGAGGGGGGUAAGUUGGAGUUGUCGAUGGGCAAGGGAGUGGCAGCUUGUACAUGGAUUGUCGACCCCGAGUCUAGCGAGCGGCUGGUGGAAGUAGGGCAGGUGGGAGAGCUCUACCUCGAGGGCCCGCUAGUAGGGGACGGGUAUCUGAAUGAUCCUGACAAAACGGCCAAGAGCUUUGUUGAGAGUCCGGGGUGGUUGAGGAAGGGGAGUCCGGAUGGGAGGGUUAAGGGAAGGAGCAAGUCGAGGUUGUAUAAGACGGGGGAUUUGGUUAGGUAUAACCCGGCUGAUGGCACGCUGGUUUUUGUCGGCAGGAAGGAUACGCAGGUUAAGUUGAGGGGACAGAGGAUUGAGUUGGCCAAGGUUGAGCAGGCUGUUCAGCAGGUUCUGGCUGGCAAGCUGGGGAGGGAGGCGCCGCCGGUGGUGGUGGCGGAGGUUGUGGUGUCGUCGGCUACGAACAGCCAGGUUCUGGUGGCCUUUGUCGAGACUGGCUCGAGCGAGGUCCGGUUUGCGAACUGGAUAGAUGGUCUACAGGAUGCCUUGCGCGAACAGUUACCGCCGUACAUGGUCCCGGCGGCGUUUAUGCCAGUUGAGGCGAUGCCGUUGACGACGAGUGGAAAGACGGAUCGGAAACGGUUGCGUGAGAUGGGCGCUAGUAUGACUCUCGAGCAGGCUGACAGCGAGGGGAAUGAGGCAGAUGGCGAGCUACCGGGAACAGAAGAGGAGAUUGUCCUUCGGCAAUUGUGGAGUGUCAUUCUGGGUGUUGAAGAAGACAAGAUCCGUACCGGCAGCAGUUUCUUGCGUCUUGGCGGUGACUCGAUUUCGGCGAUGCGGUUGACUGCGUUGGCGCGCAAUCACGGGUAUAGCCUGGCGGUUCAAAGUAUUCUUCAGAGUCCGAAGUUGUCUGAUAUGGCGAAGGCGAUGGAGAGGCAACAGAAGGAAGCUGUUGAGACAUCCAAGCCUCGUACUAUUGAGCCCUUUGUGCUCCUCAAGAACCCUGCUGGCAAGGACUCGACGCUGGACUACGUCGCAAGUCAGUGUGGUAUUGAGCGGGGGCAGAUUGAGGAUGUCUUCCCUACAACCAGUGUUCAGAAGUCUUUGCUUUCCAUGACGGCCAAAUCCCGGGAUGGAGGUUCCUAUGUCGCCAGAUACAUCCUCCGUCUCAGACCCGACAUCGAACUCGACCGUUUCAAGGCCGCCUGGGAACAUGUCAGCCGCACAGUCGCACCCAUCCUCCGUCAAAGAAUCCUAGACGUUCCCACAGAAGGUCUCGUCCAAGUCCAAGUCGACGAGUCCCUUUCCUGGGAAGAAUCCAGCGACCUAGACACCCACCUCCAGCGCGACCUCGCCAAACCCAUGGGCCUAGCCACAGAACUCACCAGGCUAGCCAUUAUCACCAACAGCAACACCAACAACGACGAGCACUCCUGCUGCAUAACCCAACACCACGCCAUCUACGACGGCUACUCCCUGCACCUUCUCCUCUCUGAAGUCACCAAAGCCUACGCCGGCAUCACCGACCCCAGCCCCAUCGCCCCCUUCCAGUCCUUCAUCCAGCACAUCUCCAGCAUCGACCAAGACGCGUCCCACUCCUUCUGGCGCACCCAAUUCGCCAACUCGGAAGCGAUCCCCUUCCCCGAACUGCCUGCUGAGCAACAAGACUACCGCCCCAAAGCGGACAGCACCGUCAAGCGCCAUCUGACCAACCUCCGCCUGACCAAGCGAGGAGACGCAACAGCCAGCAGCUUGAUACGCGCCGCUUGGGCUAUCCUGACGGCUAGGUACACGGGUGCGGAAGAUGUGGUGUUUGGCGCGAUGGUCACGGGAAGACAGGCGCCGUUGGAGGGGAUGGGGAGGAUGGUUGCGCCGUUGAUCAGCGCGGUUCCCGUGAGGGUUAAGUUUGAUGGGAAGAGGCAGACGGUGAGGGAGCUGUUGGAGGGGAUUAGGGAUCAGGCGUUGGCGAUGGUGGAGUUUGAGGGGACGGAGUUGUUGGAGAUUAGGAGGGUUAGUGAGGAGGCGGAGAGGGGGACGAGGUUUAAUAGUUUGCUUGUGGUACAACCGGCGUUGCAGAAUGUGGACGAGUCGAAGCAGGAUGGCCUCUUUACUUCCGGGCCGGAGUACAUCUCCAGCCGCGAUGGGUCAUUGGAUGACUUCAACCCCAAUGCUGUCAUGGUCAUGUGCCAGCUGACCAACUCGGAUGAUAUAAAGCUGGAGAUCAGCUUCGACUCGAAGGUUGUUGAUCAGGCGCAGAUGGAGCGGAUAGCUGCUCAGUUUGAGCAUGUCCUCCGCGAGCUAUCCACUUCACCUGCUGAUCAGAAGAUCGAGGAUAUCACAACAGUGAGCAAGCAAGAUGUGCAAGAACUGUGGAAAUGGAACGCCAAUGUGCCCGAAGCCAUUGAAGCAUGCGUCCACGACCUCAUCGACAAGACCAUGAAGCGCAUUGCUGACGCCCCUGCCAUCUGCGCCUGGGAUGGUAAUCUCUCUUAUGCCGAGCUGGACGGGUUAUCCAGUCGUUUGGCAGCGCAUCUGGUUUCUCUCGGGGCGGGACCGGGAACCAUCAUCCCCCUUUGUUUUGAAAAGUCAGUGUGGUAUCCCGUUGCGGCCCUGGCUAUCAUGAGGGCUGGUGCAGCAGCUGUCGCGAUGGACUCGACGCAGCCUGAGGGCCGGUUGAAGUCCAUUGUCACGCAGAUUGGCCCCAAGAUAUUGCUGGCAUGUGCUACCACGCGAGAGUUGGCAGGCAGGCUGUCGGAUGCUGAGGUGGUUGUCGUCGAUAAAGCUCAUAGCCACGAAUGGCCUGUUGAUCCGAUCCCGGUCAAGGUCAGCCCGUCCGAUAUGCUAUAUGUCGUCUUCACCAGCGGCUCAACAGGCACGCCAAAGGGUAUCGUAACCACCCACCAGAACUUCUCCUCAGCAGCCACUCACCAAGCCUCCAUCCUAAACAUCCGCUCGGGAACCCGCGUCUUCGACUUCGUCUCCUACAGCUUCGACGUCUCCUGGUCAAACCACCUCCAGAGCCUGAUCUGCGGCGCCUGCCUCUGCAUCCCCUCCGAGACAGAACGCAAGAACGACAUCGUCGGCGCUUUCAACCGCAUGAACUGCGACUACACCUACUUCACGCCCUCCGUGGCCCGCUCGCUGGACCCGUCUACCAUGCCAGGACUCCGGACGCUGGCAAUGGGCGGCGAAGCCAUCAUGGGGAAGGACGUUGCGCGCUGGACGCAGGCGGAUACCGUUAUUGGCAUCUACGGCCCUGCUGAGUGCGCCCAGGCGCUGUCCUUCACGCGCUUUACGCCCGAGACGCGCAAUAACCAUGUGGGUAUCCCGUACGGCGCGAACACCUGGCUCGUUGAACCGGGUCGUCCGGAUAGACUCGCUGCCGUCGGGACGAUUGGCGAGCUUCUGAUUGAAGGUCCGGCGGUUAGCAAGGGGUACUUUGGUGAUGAAGCCAAGACUGCGGCGGCGUAUAUCCGGAGUCCGUCGUGGCUUCAGCAGGGCGCGCCACCGGGACACGUAGGACGACAAGGCACGCUUUACAAGACGGGUGAUCUUUUGCGCUACAACUCUGAUGGGUCACUGGACUUCAUUGGUCGCAAGGAUGGGUUAAUCAAGCUCCGCGGCCAACGUAUCGAGCUGAGCGAGGUGGAGUAUCAUAUUCGCAACUCACUUGGGGAUCCGAGCUUGGUCGAAGCCAUUGCCGCGGAGAUCAUCACGCCUGCUAAUAGCACUAGUCCGAUUCUUGCCGUGUUCUUCAGUCUUGUCAAGGCAGAAAAGGAUGACGUAAGCUCGGGUGACGACGCUGACAAUCGAGCUAGACUCGCCCGCGCCAUUGAAGGUCUAGAAGAAAAGCUUUGGGACCGCGUACCGCAAUACAUGGUACCCGGAGCAUACAUCUACGUGGACAAGGUGCCGAUGACCACGACCAACAAGACCGACCGACGGGCUCUGAGGCAGCUGGGAAGCAAGUACACGCUAGAGGAGCUGGCUGCUAUGCAACCACAAGGUGUGGAAUCCAGACGGACCCCAUCUACGGAAAUGGAGAAGCGGUUACAGGCAUUGUGGUCGUCGGUCCUGGAGAUUGAACCGGGUAGUAUCUCGGCUGAUAGCAGCUUCUUCCGGAUUGGUGGGGAGUCGAUCGCUGCCAUGAGGAUGGUUUCCAUGGCGCGGCAGGAGGGCCUGGCUUUGACGGUGGCUGAGAUCUUCAGAGCGCCGAAGCUGUGCGACCUUGCAUUGGUGGUGGCGGAGAGCAAUGGACACGAGGAGGAUAUACCUACGCAUAGCCCGUUUUCGUUGGUGAAGACGGAUGAUUUGGCAGACUUCCUGGAAACCAAGGUGGUUCCGUUCUUGGAUGACGGGCUCACCAUCGACCACAUCCAGGACGUGAUUCCCGCCACAGACUUCCAAGCGCUUUCGGUCUCGGAAAACCUACAAGAUCCUCCCGGAAGAUAUCCCCAUUGGAUCUUCGAUCUCCCCGCCAACGUGGACUUUGCACGGCUCAAACAGGCAUGCACAGACCUAGUGAAUCACUUCGACAUUCUCCGCAGCGUCUUCGUCUCAGCAGCGGAUGACGACGACGGGAAGUUCUGGCAAGUUAUCCUGCGAGAACUCACUCCGGCCUACGACACCAUUGACGUCGAGGACGUGAACGACCUCCCGGACCUCGUCGACUCAAUCUGCGCCCAAGAUCUCACCCGGCCUCGCAAGCUCGGACAAUCCUUCAUCCGCUUCAUCGCCAUCAAACACUCCUCCGGUUCCGGCUCGCACAAGCUCAUCUUCCGGAUUUCCCACGCCUACUUCGACGGCUUCAGCUGGUCCCAAGUCCUCCAAACCCUCUCCUCUCUCUACGUCAACAAGCCGGAGCGAGCAAUUCCAAUCCCACCCACCCCCUCCUUCGCGGAUUACAUCGCCUUCCGCGAAUCCCGCAAGCAAGAAAGUUUAACAUACUGGGCCACCCGCCUCCAAGGCUCACACUAUCCAUCCUGGAGCCGCUCGCCCCAACCCAUCACCUGGUCCGCCGUCUCCGACCGCCUCUCCCUUCGCCACACCAUUCCUCUCCCUUCAUUUUCUGAUGGAAACGAAGACGGCAUCUCCCCCGCGACCCAGUUCCACGCCUCCUUCGCCCUCGCAUUCACCCGUUAUUUCGGCAAGCGAAACCUCCUCUUCGGCCGUCUCCUAACCGGCCGAUCUGCGCUUCCCGCAACUCUGCAAAACGUGGUAGGGCCUACGAUGACCGAACUCCCUGUCUGCGUUUUUGUUUCUGGGGACGAUACCUUGAGCAGCGUCGCCAAGCGACUGCAGGAGCAGUUUAUUGAGGACUCGAAGUACGAAGCGGUGGGUAUGCGAGAGGUUAUUGAGGGGCUGGGGGGUACGGAUUGGGUUCAUGAUGGAAAGGAUUGGGGGUGGAGGACUGCUUAUCAGCAGGAGGAUGAGACCGGCACAACCGGUAAUAGCAACGAGGAGGAAGGAGGAGGAGGCAAUGGGUUAUUCGAGAAAGGAGGGAUAGGGUUCUAUGAGAGGGAAAUGCCGGCUAGAGAGAGACCGGAGGUUUAUGCUACGCCAGACAGAAAGAGGGGGGUGUUGGUUUUGGAGUUUGAGGGGAGUAAGGAGUGGGCGAAGGGGGUGGGGAUUGGGGAGGAAGGGGUGAUGAGGUUUUUGGAGGUUUUGGGAUUGGUUUUGGGUGGUGAUUUGGGUGAUAACGUGAGGUGA